AUGCCCCAUCUUGGUCCAAUGGACGUCUUCAAAGACCAUAUUGAGGUCGCUUCAACGCAACGCAACGCAACGCAGCGCAACACUACUGGUGCCCGUGACUGGGAGACUUUUAGCAAAGUCAUUCACGGAUUCAAUACCAAGAGCGACAUCAGCACUUCAUGGUGUUCCAAGAACGCGGGCAGGAGUGCUAUGGAACUUGGCGUAUCCGCAUCCUCUAUUCAGAAAAAGGCAGUUGCGCAUGUUGAUCAACCGUCGAUUGAUUGA